AUGUCCACCGCGGCGGCACAGGGCGGCAGCGACAAGCCGGCGCUCCGGAAGCCCGUCUUCACCAAGGUCGACCAGCUCAAGCCGGGCACCAACGGGCACACCCUCACCGUCAAAGUCGUCAGCGCUACCCCCGUGCCCGGCCGCGCGCGCCCAGGGGCACCCGCCGCGGCCCCGUCCCGCGCGCCGCGCAUCGCCGAGUGCCUCGUCGGGGACGAGACCGGCGCCAUCGUAUUCACCGCCCGCAACGACCAAGGUCAAUGCUCAUCCUCCUCGCCUACUCUCUAUCGUUCUCUGCUCUGCUGUGGCGGACUGGACUCCAUCACCUGUUCGAUCUGA